UAUUGUCUGAUUUCCCCCACAAAAUUGGUGGACACUCGGAACAUUUGGGAAAUUGCCAAUGGUAGAGUUGACGUCGAGGACUGCCAGGAACGGAAGAAUGUAGAAAUGCAGUCAAUGGCAGUAUUAUAGGCCUACUAUACGCAAAAAUGCCGACAGGGCCGAAGUGCAGUUGCAUACAAAUUUGCUGAAACUUGGAUGAUGAUGCAGAGUACCAAGCAACCAGCCCCAUGAGUCAGACAGUGUCUUUUAGCCUACAGCCUGAGGUGCAGCUAAGGUUUCUCAACCCUAAUGAUAUAGAUGAGGUGAAAACAUUAUGCCAAGACUGGUUCCCCAUCGAGUACCCAGACAGCUGGUUCCAGGAGAUUACUUCGAAUGCAAAGUUUUAUUCUUUAGCGGCAACAUAUGAUUGUAGAAUCAUUGGUCUUAUCGUCUGUGAAGUUAAAAGUCGAACAAAAUGCAAUAAAGAGGAUGCUGAUCUUCUCUCCAGUAAUUCCUCAUCUGGUGUUCAUGUGGCAUAUAUCCUCAGCCUUGGAGUUUUGAAAGAUUUUAGAAGACAAGGGAUAGCCUCCCUUCUGCUGGAUAGUUUGGUGUCUUACCUCACAACAAAUGAACAACACAACUGUAGAGUGGUGUACCUUCAUGUCUUGACAACGAAUGCAGCAGCAAUCAGAUUUUAUGAACAAAGGAACUUUAAGAUGCAUAACUACCUGCCGUAUUAUUACUCAAUAAAGGGAAAACCAAGGGAUGGAUAUACUUAUGCAUUGUACAUUAAUGGAGGCCAACCACCCUGGACAUUGCUAGAUUACAUCAAACAUGUUGGACACUUGCUGUCAAAGCUUCAGCCGUGCACACUGCCACAGAGAUUACUACGAAGUGCUCAAAGCAUGUGGAAGAUAGUGACUGGGAAGUCGCAGAUUCCAGUGGACAAUAACCAUGAUAGCUGACGCCAGACAGAUGUAGUUCAGGAAUGCAACAAGGACAUUUAUGCAAAACUUAGCAACAGAACUUCCCACUCAAAAACUGUUAUUUUCUCUGUGUGAUCUUUUCUGAUUGCUUCAAUAGGUUAAUAUGCUGUUUGUUAAAUGAAUUGAAAUUUGUGAUUUCUGAAUUUAUAAUUUGUCAGUUAUAUUUAAAGUAAGGUGGUGCAAUUACCGGUAUAGCCCUGAUAAAAAGAUAGCAGUGCAGAAAACAGCUGGCAGUUACAUUGACCCUUUUCCUGCAGGUGAGGUGCACAGUACGUCAUGUACAUGGGCAUAUUAUGUGCGAAUGACGUGCUAGUGGCCGAUGGUUUCGGCCAGUGGCCUGGUCAUGAUAUACUGAAAAAAAACAGACAAUAAAGAUUCGUGACGUUUAUGUGUUAUGGAAUGGCCGGUACUAAAGACAGGAUAUACGAUAUACUCUGUUUUACACAUUAAGAAGUCAGUCCCAAGAGUGUGCUGAGAACAUGAUUGACAGGUAACACAGCCCAAUGCUAUGCUCCAUUGGCUACCAGAAUGGUACAUUUGCAAUGGUUGUUAUUUCUAACAGAUGGUUAUUAAUCUUUUGAUUGAUCAGCUAGGUCUAUGUAAUUUUCAGGUUCAGUUUCAAGGGGGGGGACAUAGUUUGUCGGAAGAAAUGGCAUGGACCAUCUUUAAGGUGCCGGUUGGGUUCCAUACUCAAGUCCAGUACAACGUCAGGAAUGCAAGGUUGUCGCAAAUGUUGUCUGUACAUGUAUGAUCAUUGUGAUUGUAAUGUGUUACAACAGUCGUAGUUCCACCUAUCAUAAAACCCCGCGUUUUUUUUCAAGACCCGUGUCUUUGCCGUGUGUCAAAAAACCCAUUGUGCACUAACACCUAUCAGUGGUGUUAGAUAAUGGUUAAUAGCCCCGGUGACAGGUGCGCUGUAGGUAGGGAGCUCUCCUGUGUUUCUUUCCCGUUGGAGGGGAAUUUCGCAUGCGCAAUACCGAGGCAACUACACUGCGCCAUCUGUCGCCAGAUCUUAGAACUUGCAAUUGCUGUGUCUAUUCAGAUUCCACCUAACAAAAAACCCGUGUUGAACACGGGUCUAAAUUAGCCCCCGAUUAGCCCCAUUGAGCUCGAUGGGGCUAAUAGACACAGGGAUUUGACACCCGGGUCUAUUUAGACACGGCAAUUCAUAGGUGUAAGCGUAAAAGACACGGGGAUUCGAUAGGUGGAAGUACGACUAAUGCAUUAUUGUCUACAUUAUGUAAUCAUCAAUUUAUAAAUAAAAGGUAAAAAAGCA